AUGGACACCUUCCUCAAGAUUAAGACUUACACCCACGGUGAAUCCAACACAAAUCCCGUAAUACCACACGAUACAGAAGAUGAGAAAGAACAGCGCUGCUCUGCACCCACCGAAGAAGAUCAACUCCAUGCCAUUUAUCUCGCGGGACGUUCACAAGGCAGCCAGUCUGGGAAGCGAAACAGGACGCUUCCGAAAAGCAAGACUAAGGCUCUGACUCUGAGUAUCGAUACCGAGAUUGCGAGGGCGUAUGAACCGUACUACGCUCUCCCCAUCAUAAUCUCCCAUUCCGAGUCCCAACCUGAAGAAGAAAUCAGUGCCAGUAAUCAAUGUCCAGUCGGAGACUCACCAUCUUCAACCUCAUUUUCUCGACAACCCGAAUAUCCAGUUUACGAAACGAGCCUUGGGGUUUUGCCUGUGUCUGGAUCGCUUGCCGGUGCUGGUCACCUUGAAGACGAAUCGGGAGAUGAGUUUGAGAACGAGGAGGAGAGUCCCGAAUUAUCAUCAUCGCCUCGCAGCGGGUCGCCAAAAGAUAGGAGUGCGAAUGACGAUACAAGACUUAGCCUACCGAGUCUGGAGUCCGAAUUUGGACUUGGACUCGUGAAUAAGCUGCUGGCACCAGCAACUGAGCACGACAGCGACGAUGAGGCUAAAGAUAGUGAAGAGGACGAGUAUGGACUUGAGAAUCAUUCAUUCGAUCUAUCCCCUCUCUUAUCCUCACCUGCAGUCUCAACUUCAGCAUCGAACUUCGACUCAGACAUGGAGAAGCUAGAGGAUUCAGAUUCAGAAUUGGACUUCGUGGUUGUAGACAGUGAUGUUGAUAGUGAUGAAGAUGAUAUGAGAGAUGGUAAAGAAGAUAUGUGUAUGGGUGUCCGUGGUAUUCGUGGGCGUGGGAAUAGCGAUAGGAAGCUGGUUGUUGGGGUUUGGGGAUUAGGACGGAGAGGGAAAGGAGGAUGUUGAAUGGAAGGAUAGAAUAGUGGCUUGGAAUGUGGAAUGGAGGUUGGAGUUGAUGGGAUGGGUUGGCUUGGGGGAGUUGUAAUGUGUGAGGAUGUUUUUGAUUUUGCGUGUUGGAUGCGAGUGAGUUGGUUGAAGAGCAGCGACGUCGGGUUCUGAUAGCAUUCCUCCCUGUCGCUUGUCUGUUGAUCUUUUCCUGUCGAAUUAUGGUUCUCUUUCCGGUCUCGCUUGGCAAGUAUUCCAUUGUUAAUAAAAGCAUCUCCUACGACAUUUUGGCCGAGUCGUUCAUGUUUAUUUUAAAUUGUUCCGGUUUCUGAGCUGAAGCGUGUCUCGGUUACCCCGGGGAAGGUCUGAAGCACGGUAAUGGUAGCUGAGAGAUGCAAUGUGAAAU